AUGGAGAAGACGAGCGAACACCAGAAACUCUCAUACUCGUGGCACCAGGCUACAGUUUUGCUUCUUGUCCCAUAUGAAACCUCAAGAGAAGACGUUGUUGUUGUUAUUGAACGCAACUAUCUACUCGCUGGGGUUAAAGGCCAACAGCCCAUCGUAAAAGGUUGUCUUUACAGCCACGUCGACGUGGCGAACUCGGCGUGGCAACUCGAACCCCGCAACUCGCGUCUUUCCGCUCGGGAGCGUACCACGUCGACCCUAUCGACAACGUCCACCCAAUCUUCUUUCGCCUUCGUAUCCGACCCCGAAAUUUCAAGCAGUUUCGCAGCUUCUCUGGAAAGUGGUCAAGUGUCUGAUGCAGAGGAGAUUGUAGCUCCUUCACCCGCGUUAUCAUCGCCUAUCUCCUCGUCUGACGAACACACCAGCAGUGCAAGUCAACGUCACUCUAUCCCUGUUACUUCUAGUCCCGCAUCGCCUUCGUUACCCGUACAUGCCCUAUCUUCAUUCUCCUCCUUGGAGUCACUACACUCCAAUUCAGGAAGACUUGUCACGCUGCACCUUGAGAAGGAACAGUCGAUCAUUUGGCCGUCGUUGAUCCAAGGACCAAUUCCCCAGGAAAUUUCGCCAUGCGCUCCUGUCCCUAUGCUAUAUGAUUCCAGUUUGGAGUACAAAUAUAACAUGGACCCCACAAGUCUUGUCCUAUACGCUAUAGAGCUUUACGACAUCAGGAAAGAUAAAGAAGAAGCAUUUGAGUGCUUUGUACGAGCGUGGCACCAUGGCCACCUUCCCUCUGCUACAAUGAAAUUGGUGACUCACUAUCUACCUAUCCAAACAUCAUUGGACCAUCUUGAUGCAUCUGAAGAAGGCCAACGUGGAACCGUCUCAUAUUGUGUUCAGUCCAUUGGCGGCCCGGCGGGCCUGGCCAAGCUCUUCUUGGAGGCUGGUCUUCUUCAUCUCGAAGGAGCAGCUUCUGUUUUCCUGUCAGCAUCUUAUUCCACGCUGUCGUCCAUUAGGAUGCCGCCACAGCCACAGCCUGGAGAAGGCGGCACAGAAGCUUGGAAGCGUGAUAGGGAAGCUGCAGGUCGAUACUUUGAGCGUGCUCGCACUCUGCAGCCCGAUCUUGACAUUCCUGUCCUUCCUGAUGAAGGCAUUGACCGGCAUGACCUUGGAAGUACCCAUGAACUUGAGAUGCCAUCUAUAGAGAUUCAUCCUUCUGCCUCGGAGAGUGUCUAUUCUGGAGAGGAUUCACUUUACUCAGAACAAGAGAUCAUCCCGCGUCGAAGAAGACAGAAGAAAGAAGAGCUGAUCUUCAUGGACGAGGUCAAAGGCAAAGAUGACAUCGAUAGCGCGUGGUACCUGUAUGUUCCCAGCCUGGUGGGUGCGGGCACAGCAUUGCUGGUCGUGGGCGUUAUAGGCGCACUUAGCCUUUCGUCAUGGAGAAGAAAUCAAGGAUCUUGA